AUGUCUUCUGUCGUUGACACGCUCGAAUUCCAGCAAUUAUUGGAGGGGCUCAACGACGACAACGACCGCCAGAUUAUGACUGAAGUCAUCACGGACCAAGAGACUCUUCUUGGGGACAGACGGGUUUCGUUAAGUCCUUUCGUCUCAGAUGUGAUUACUGACUUGAGCUCAUUUGUGUCCUUGAAGUGCGAAGGAAUUGACUUUGCCGUCCUCGGCAAGCUUUGCAAUAUGAUCCUCGAAAGCCGAAUUGGCCUUAAGCAGAUGUGGGCGCCAAUGUCCUCAGCGUCUCGCCAAAUGCGGCAAGGCCAGGAUUAUGACAUUGAUCACGCCAGAGAGGAGAUCUUCCGGCGGAUGGCUAGCGUUGUGGCUAAUGCUCGCAAUGUCUUCCACAGCCUCGAGUACCUCACCACUGACGACCUCGAAUACAUCGACAGCACCUUGGACUUAGUGGUGCCCACCUCUCGGGGGAUUUAUACCUUAACAGUGGGAAUAGGGCAUGCCUUGAACGAGGAAAGAUUUAGUCGCUCCACCAUCUCGCUGGCGGACGUGCUGAGAGCUCUUAACCUCCUUAUCCAACAUCGAGCUGCGGUGACUGCCGAAACCAACCCCUGA